UAAGUAUCCCUCAGAGGACUGAUUUUAAAAAUGGUAGUACAUAUGCUCAAUGGAGCAUCAUGCAGCUGUGGAAAAGAAUGAGCAAGUUCCCUGUGUACUGAUGUGGAAAGAUCUCCAGGAUAUCUUGCUAAGUGAAAAAAGGCCAGAUGCAGAACAGCGUAUAAGCGUCCAAAGUAAGAAAGAUGAAGAGACAGAAAAAGGUCCUUGUACAGAUGCAAAUGGAGGUGAAGAUUGUUUAGCUGCUAAUGUGGAGACAAACAAUUCAGGAGACAAAGACAAGACUCUAACAUCCAUGAGGCCUGGCAUUCUUGUUCAGAGACAGAGUAAAGAAGUGGUGGCCAUACCCUUUGAAAACAGAGAGGACGCAGAGGACGAAGAGGUGGCCAAAAUAAAACAGAAGCAAAAGCUUGAGAAUGCUAAAGAAAAUGGUCAAGAGGAUGUUGACUUGCAAAAAUCACCCAUACGUGUCACUGGAUCUCCUUCAGUUAUUGAAAACCACAAAAGACCUUUAAAAGGAGUGACAUUUUCUAGGGAGGUAAUUGUUGUGGACCUUGGGAAGGACCAUCCUGUAUCUCGAAGCUAUACUCGAAUACAUAAAGAGAGAAAAUGAAGCUCAAAAAAAGCUGAGAGAGAAAGAAACGUAACCUUAGACUCACAGCGAAAUGAUUGGGGGCACAAAAUCAUGUUGAACCAGCAAAAUAAUGGGGAAUUAAGCAAAUACAGAUAGUAUUUUACUUUUGUGCAGAAGUGGGCUACAUGCAAAAUUCUGUAAGUAAAAUACCCAGAACUUUAAUAUAGUUUUUUUUAAAUUCAAAUCUGAGUUCAAAAAAUUGAUUGUAUUAAGUGUCCUUAAAACACUGACUACUCAGACGCUGUUCUAACAUGUGAAUAAAGUGAUUUGUGUUUGUGCAGAUGUCUGUUAGGUAAAUCAUAUUCAAGGAGCACUUUGGAAACAGCACGUGUUCUUGAUGCUCUGAUCACAGGCAUCCAUGACCAAAUGACUGCUAUCAUCAUGGAAACUUCCAGUAACUAGGACUAGAGUCUCCUACUACAUAAUCCCUAUUGAACUCAGUCCUGAAACAUUUA